GCUCCGUGCAGCGGGCAGCGCUCCGCACCGCGCGGCGCUGCGCUGGGCGCCCCGGGCGGCGGGCGCGGGGCACCAUGAUGAGCAACUACCCGGACGGCGAGGAGGACACGGUGGCGCUGCUGGCUCAUGACACCGGCGGCAGCAAGGAGCCGGAUCGGGGCAAGGAGGAGCUGAGCGCGGACAAGGGCCCCGAGAAGCCGGACCCCUCGCAGAAGCCCCCCUAUUCCUACGUGGCCCUGAUCGCCAUGGCCAUUCGGGAGAGUGCAGAGAAGAGGCUUACGCUGUCCGGGAUCUACCAGUACAUCAUCAGCAAGUUCCCUUUCUACGAGAAGAACAAGAAAGGCUGGCAGAACAGCAUCCGCCACAACCUCAGCCUCAACGAGUGCUUCAUCAAGGUGCCCCGGGAGGGCGGUGGCGAGCGCAAGGGCAACUACUGGACCCUGGACCCGGCCUGCGAGGACAUGUUCGAGAAGGGCAACUACCGCAGAAGACGAAGGAUGAAACGUCCUUUCCGGCCGCCUCCGACCCACUUCCAGCCGGGCAAGACCCUCUUCAGCCCCGACAGCUACGGCUACCUGUCCCCGCCCAAGUACUUGCAGUCCACCUUCAUGAACAACUCGUGGCCGCUGGCGCAGCCCCCGCCCAUGCCCUACACGUCCUGCCAGAUGUCUGGUGGGAACGUCAGCCCCGUCAAUGUGAAAGGACUCUCGGGCCCGGCGUCCUACAGCCCCUACUCGCGGGUGCAGAGCAUGGCGCUGCCCAGCAUGGUGAACUCCUACAACGGCAUGGGCCACCACCACCACCACCACCCGCACGCCCACCACCCCCAGCAGCUCAGCCCGGCCAGCCCCGCGCCGCCCGCGGCCCCGGCGGCAAACGGAGCCGGCCUCCAGUUUGCCUGCGCCCGCCAGCCCGCCGAGCUGUCCAUGAUGCACUGUUCUUACUGGGAGCACGACAGCAAACACAGCGCCCUGCACUCCCGCAUAGACAUCUAGGGAGGCUCCGGCCAGCCGCCGUCACAGAAAUGCACCGGCCCCGCUGCCCCUCUCCUACCCCGCCGCGUUCCCCUGCGCUCCGUGUCUCUCCUCCUCGUCUCUAGCCACGGACUUCCCUCUCUCUGUGCCCAAACUCUCGCGGUGGGGAAAUAGCAGCUUUGCCCCGCGCGUAGUGUCAGUGUAGGAGCCGUCCCUCCAUGAGAAGAAGGCAGUGUAAGUGUGGGGUUCCCCGCGGGGCUGCGCCGGGCAGCGGCGGCCGGGCCGCCUCUCUCCGGGCGAGCGGGGAUUCACCGGGAGUUUCUCUGCUCGUGUGUGUGUUUGUGAGUUGUUUGGUUUGGUGGG